AUGUGGUCUUGUAUAAAAGACUUUUUCACCUAUGAAACCACCAAGUCAGUGGUAGUGAAGAGCUGGACCAUCGGCAUCAUCAACCGCGUCGUCCAACUCCUCAUCAUCACCUACUUCAUUGGGUGGGUGUUUGUGACUGAGAAGGCUUACCAGAUAAGAGACACUGCUAUUGAAUCCUCAGUGAUGACCAAGGUCAAAGGUUUUGGGAUCUACAAUGACAAGGUCAUGGAUGUAGCAGACUACGUCACUCCAACACAGGGAGCUUCGGUCUUCUGCAUCAUCACCAAAAUGAUCACAACUGAGAACCAAGUCCAAGGAUACUGUCCCGAGAGUGAGAAGAAGUAUAUUUGUAUAAAGGACAGUGACUGCACAAAGCAUCUCCACAAGCCAGGAAGUUAUGGAAUUCUGACAGGGAAAUGUGUUCCUUUCAACACCACCACUAAGAUGUGUGAGAUAAAAGGAUGGUGCCCUGCCGAGAUCGACACCAUCAAGACUACACCAAUGAAGGAAGUGGAGAAUUUCACCAUUUUUAUCAAGAACAGCAUCCGCUUUCCAACCUUUAACUACACUAAAGGGAACUUCCUUCCUACCAUCACUGACGAUUACAUAAAAAAAUGUAACUUUGAUACGGUCAACAACACCUACUGCCCCAUCUUUCGUGUCGGAGACGUGGUCCACUAUGCAAAGCAAAACUUCACUAAACUGGCAGACAAGGGAGGAGUUAUUGGAAUAAAGAUCGGGUGGGUAUGUGAUCUGGACAAAGCAGACGACCAGUGUAACCCCUCGUACUCAUUCACACGACUGGAUGCCAUGUCGCAGAAGAACGCUGUCUCACCGGGCUACAACUUCAGGUUUGCCAAAUACUUUAAGAUGGAAAAUGGGACGGACUACCGCACUCUUGUCAAAGCCUAUGCUAUCAGGUUUGAUGUCCUGGUCAAUGGAAAUGCAGGGAAGUUCAACAUGAUCCCUACACUCAUCAACAUGGUGGCAGCCUUCACGUCAGUGGGAGUGGGCACAGUGUUGUGUGACAUCAUACUGCUGAACUUCCUGAAAGGAGCAGAGCAGUACAAGGCCAAGAAAUUUGAAGAGGUGUCGGACAACCCGCUGGAUUCCCAAAGCAAUGGGUUGUACCGCUCCCAGCUGUCACUCAGACACAACGAGACUAUCAUGAGGUCCAGCGACUCAGGAGCAUUUUCCAUCGAACAUUACAGCUGA